CUGCAGCUGACAAUUGAUGAGUAUAAAGCGUCCAGUCAAGCAGUAAAACAAUACGCCUAUCAGAUGAGUGAAAUGUUGCUGGUGCAUAUCGACAGUAAGCGCACGUACAGUGACAAGGAGUUUCGAGAAGCACAGCAGGCACAUCAAGAAAACAUCCAGACAAAACUAUUAAAACUACACAAGGAGAUUGUAACAAUCAUGCGUCAGACAUAUCUGGUCUUUAAGAGUGACGGAUCUGAGGUGCAGCAUUAUUGGUUGAAUUAUGCCAAAAAAGUUGAUCGAACAGUGGAAGAAGCCUUCAGACUGAAUAUUAAACGAUCAUUGCUGGAGCUGUCCAAGGCCAUCAAUGGGGAUGCCAAAUCCACACCCAAUGCUCUCUUCAGGGUCAUGGUGACUCUUCUGGAUGACACUUCAGGUGGCCCACCACAGGUGGAGUUUUCACCCACUCUCGCCAGCCUUGCAAGCACUGUCAACAGUGUCAGUUUUCAGAUUAAGAACACCCUUUCCAUCUUCAAACGUAUCCCAGAGCUACUGACCAGGAGGAAAUCUACUCUGAUUCCUGUUUUCCAAAAUAUUGAGAAUGAUGAUGAAAUUAGGAAGAUCCAAGGUAUGAUCAAUUCGGGCAUGGCGACCAAUGCUACAAAUCUUCAGAACUAUCUGAAAACCUGGGACACCUAUCGUGAGAUCUGGGAGAUCAACAAAGAUUCCUUCAUCCGCCGUUACAAGCGCCUCAAUCCAGCGGUGUCAUCCUUUGAUGCAGAUAUUGCCCGCUACACAGAAGUGGCCAACAAUGUCCAGAAGGAGGAGACCAUUGUGCAGAUUCAGUUUGUCCUUCUUGAUUGCUCUCCGUUAAAAUUCUCCCUCGUUCAGCACUGCAACGAGUGGCAAAAUAAAUUCACCACACUGCUGAGUGAGAUGGCAAGCCAGAUGCUGCUGGAUUUCUGUCAGUUCCUUGAAGAAAAUGGCAACAAAGUAAGCCAUACUCCUCAGAACUUGGAAGAACUGACCAGUGGGAUCCAGCACCUGGAGUACCUUCAGAACGAACUCCCAAAGACAGAGGCACGCAUCAGCCCCAUUCAUGAGCAGUUCAACAUCCUGGAGAAAUACGAGUUCCAAAUCGAAGAAGCAGUCCAGCGGAGGCUGGAGUCAAUGAAUGGUGAAUGGCUCAACUACCAACAGGUGAUCAGUGACAGUGAGGCCAUGCUGAAGAGGCAAAAGGAGAAGUUCAGAAGUGGCCUCAUCCACUCUGCGGAAGAGCUGAAGAAGAAGACUCAUAAUGCCAUUGAAGAUUUUAACAUGAGAGGGCCCUUCAGCAGUUCAAUAAACACGGAUAGUGCCCUGAGCAUGAUCAGCGAACUACGAAAUAAUCUCAACCUCCUCAAGCAAGAGGAAGAAAGCAUUCGCAAUGGCCUCAAUGUCUUCAAGAUUGAUCAACCCUUGUCCAAAGAGCUGCAAAAUCUGGAGAAGGAUCUGGAUUUCCUGCAGCAAGCCUGGGAGGUCACCAAACAAUGGGAGGAAUCUUGGGUAGAGUGGAAAGGAGGGAAGUUCAGCUCUCUGCAGACACAGAUUAUGGAGAACACCGCUAUGGGAUAUUUCAGGAAACUGAACAAGCUCAGCCAGAUUCUCAAGGAUAAGAACUGGGACAUUGUAACUGCAUCAAAGAACAAGGUUCAGCAGUUUAAGAAGACAAUGCCACUGAUUACAGACUUGAGAAAUCCAGCCAUGCGCGACAGACACUGGAACAGCAUUAAGGAUGAGGUGCAGAAAAUAUUUGACCAUACUAGUGAUGAUUUCACCCUGGAGAAAAUCAUUGAGCUGGGCUUGGAGCAACACGCUGAUGCAAUCAACAGCAUCUCAUCUGCAGCUACGAAAGAGCUCUCCAUCGAAAUGGCUUUGGAAGGAAUAAAGAAAACCUGGGAAGUUACAGUUCUUGAUCUCAUGCCUUACAAGGACAAAGGGCAUUAUAAACUCAGGGGAACCGAUGAAAUCUUUCAGGUCUUGGAGGAAAACCAGCUGACAUUGUCGACCAUGAAAGCUUCUCCCUAUUUGAGGGCAUUUGACAAACAAGUGGAUUAUUGGGAACGGUGCCUCUCUCUGAUUCUUGAGGUGAUCGAAAUGAUCCUGACUGUACAGAGGCAGUGGCUGUACCUGGAGAAUAUUUUCCUUGGGGAGGACAUUAGAAAACAGCUUCCUCGGGAGUCAGCGGAGUUUGAGAACAUUGACGUACAGUGGAAGGUCAUAAUGCAUCGUCUGAUCCAGGAACCCAAUGCUCUUCGAGGAACCCAUCAUCCAGGUCUGCUGGACUCAUUGAAUGGUAUGAAUGCAAAACUGGAAGAGAUUGAGAAGUCGCUGGACAUGUACCUGGAAACCAAACGCCAAAUCUUUCCACGUUUCUACUUCCUGUCCAAUGAUGACCUGCUGGAGAUCUUGGGCCAGUCCCGUAACCCGCCAGCGGUGCAACCCCACAUGAAGAAAUGCUUUGACAACAUCAAAAGCCUCAAAAUGCAAAAGGUUGGAACCACCGCCAAAAUGGAAGCUGCCGGAAUGUUUGCUGCUGAUGGGGAGUACGUGGAGUUCAAACAUCCCACCCUGCUCGAGGGUCCUGUCGAGGCCUGGCUCUGUGAUGUGGAACGCACCAUGCGCUUUACUCUCAAAGACCUGCUGAAAGACUGCCGCUUGGCUCUGAAGAAAAUGCUCACAAAGCGGGAUAAAUGGGUGAAGGAUUGGCCUGGUCAGAUGCUCAUCACUGCAAGCCAGAUUCAGUGGACCACUGAUGUGACCAAGGCUCUGGUGACAGCCAAGGAACAAGGGGAGAAGAAACCUGUCCGUGUUAUUAAAAGGAAGCAGGUGAGCAUGCUACGCAAGUAUUCCGAAGCUAUCCGUGGAAAUCUGACUAAGAUCAUGCGCCUGAAGAUCGUGGCUUUGGUGACAGUGGAAGUUCAUGCAAGAGAUGUCAUCGACAAACUGUACAAGCUGGGGUGUAUGGACGUGACUUCGUUUGAUUGGCUCAGUCAACUUCGCCUUUACUGGGACAAGGAUGUAGAUGACUGCAUCAUCCGCCAAACCAACACCCAUUUCCAGUAUGGGUACGAAUACCUGGGCAACUCAGGCCGAUUGGUGAUCACUCCACUCACCGAUAGGUGCUACAUGACACUGACCACUGCUCUCCACCUGCACCGUGGUGGGUCACCCAAAGGACCAGCAGGAACAGGGAAGACAGAGAGUGUGAAAGACCUGGGAAAGGCCCUGGGCAUGUAUGUGAUAGUGGUAAACUGCUCAGAAGGCUUGGACUACAAAUCGAUGGGCCGAAUGUACUCUGGCUUGGCACAGACUGGAGCCUGGGGUUGCUUUGACGAGUUCAACCGCAUCAAUAUUGAGGUGUUGUCUGUGGUAGCCCAGCAAAUCCUCUCUAUUCUGUCGGCCCUUUCUGCGAACCUGACACGCUUUGUCUUUGAGGGCCGUGAGAUUAACCUGGUCUGGUCCUGUGGCAUCUUCAUCACCAUGAAUCCAGGGUAUGCUGGUCGUACAGAGCUGCCAGACAACCUCAAGUCAAUGUUCAGGCCCAUCUCCAUGGUGGUUCCUGACUCAACACUAAUCGCUGAGAUCAUCCUGUUUGCAGAGGGAUUCAACAACUGUAAGGCCCUUGCUAAGAAAGUCUACACCCUUUACUCACUGGCCGUGCAGCAGCUGUCCAAGCAGGAUCACUACGACUUUGGCCUAAGAGCUCUCACCUCUCUGCUCCGCUACGCUGGCAAGAAGCGGCGAGACAAGCCUCAGCUCUCUGAUGAGGAGGUCCUCCUGCUGUCCAUGAAGGAUAUGAAUAUAGCCAAACUGACCUCGAUCGACCUACCGCUGUUUGCUGCUAUUGUGCAGGACCUGUUCCCAGGAGUGGAAACUCCAGUCUUGGAUUAUGGAAAGCUUAAGGAAGCAAUUGAAGCCGAGAUAAUUGAAAUGGGCAACGUGGUAACGGAGUUCACAAUGGCCAAAGUGAUUCAGCUGCAUGAGACCAAGAGCUCCCGCCAUUCUGUCAUGAUUGUGGGAAAAACGGGCAGUGGCAAGACCGUGGUAUGGCGGACGUUACAAGGGGCCCUGUCAGCCCUCCACAAGAGCGGAGACCCCAACUACAAUUUUGUCAAGGAGUACCCUCUGAACCCAAAAGCAGUGUCGCUGGGUGAGCUGUAUGGCGAGUACGAUCUGUCGACAAAUGAAUGGACUGAUGGAGUGCUCUCCAGCCUCAUGAGGAAUGCCUGUGCAGAUGAGAAACCAGACGAGAAGUGGAUCCUGUUUGACGGACCUGUGGAUACACUCUGGAUUGAGAGCAUGAACUCCGUCAUGGACGACAAUAAGGUGCUGACACUGAUCAAUGGAGAGCGGAUAUCUAUGCCAGACCAGGUAAGUGUCCCUGUGUUUCUGCUGCCUGUAACGUGA